AUGGGUCGGGGCCACCAAUCGCAUCACCCUUCCUCUUCCACGUCCCACGCUCACUCCUCCUCUCCUACCACCGAAACCACCACUCAUCUCUCCUCCGCCGAUCCCGCCCCGGCGGAGCAGCGGAAGCACUCUCCGCACCCGCUGCCUGAGGGGGACAUGCGCAACCAGUCGCACCAGCAAACGUGCUCCGCGCAGCAGCCGUCGCAGCCUCAGGGAAUGGCGUUUACGGCCGGUAUUGGAAACGGUGUCUUUGUCCCCGCGCAAGGUACUUCUACUCACCAUCCGCUGCCUCUCUCCCCGCCCUUCGAUCCCGCCACUGCUGCUGCUGCUGCAUCCGCGGCGGCAGCGAGUGACGUCCGAACCGCCGAGAACGGCGUCGCGGCGGGUGCGGCGGGCAAAGCGGCAACGGCGCAGCGAGGGCAGUCGAACAAGCGAGCGGCGAUUGCGCUAGAGGGUGAUGGGGAUGGUGGGGAGUUCCAGCAAGGAACGUCCGCGUCUGCGGCUCAAGAAAUGGGUCUUUCCGCCGAUAGUGCUUCCGCCACCGGCGCCUCCGCUCCCCCAGCAGGUAGCGCCAGCGCUCUCUCUGGGGAAGCGCUCGGCGCACGAGUUGCGGAAGGGGGGGAUGCGGGGAACUGGCGGGCACCAAGCGCAGGAGCAGCAGGGGCGCUCUUUCCCCUUGUUGCUCCGCUCUUCGCCCCACACGCAGCGGCAGAAGCCAAGGCGGGCGCAACAGCACUUAACUCCUCACACGCCACAACACCUGCAGCUGCAGCGACAGCAGCAGCAGCUACUGCAAAUGUCACCGCUGCUGCUGCCGCUGCCGCUGCCGCUGCCGCUGCUGCGUCUAUCCAUGCUACGUCUCUGCCUGCGCAUGCUCCGUGCUUUCCGUCCGUGUCGUCGUCACUGCCCCUGUCAGCAGGCAACUGUGCGUACCCAUGCCCACUCGCCCCGGCCAGCCUCUUCCCCCUCCCAUCCCCCUCUCCCUCUCUCCCACUCGGGGCUUUUGGAUUUGGCGGUGCUCAUGCAGGCUCGUGCGCAGCAAGCGCAGGCGCAUGCGCAGGCGCAGGCGCGGGUGCACUCGGCGCGGAUGCCCCCAUCUGGCCCGAUGUCAGCUCGCCUGCGGCCGCUUCCGCCCUUCCGCCUGCGCUUUCUUCUGCCGCUUCCGCGUCCCCUGCGUUCCCCCUGCUCCCGCACACCCACCAGCAGCAGCAGCAGCAGCAGCAGCCACAGCAACAACAACAGCCACAGCAGCAGCAGCAGCAGCAGCAGCAGCAGCAGCACCCACCUAUUAUCCGGGCUGCUAGGCCCCGUAAGGGGACGCGCUUUGUCACCCGUGCGCCUGGUGGUACUGGCGCAGGCGCAGGUGCUGUGGGCAGCGGCGGAGUGGGAGGUGGGGGCGGCGGAACAGGCGUUGGCGGCAGCGGAGGCAGUGCUGUGGGCAGUGCCGCGGGCAGUGCGUCAGGAGCUGGUAUCCAGCUGUCCCUUCCUUUUGCGCCUGUUCUCACAACGCCUGCUGCUUCUGCCGCCGCCGCCGCCGCCGCCGCCGCUGCUGCUGCUGCUGCUGCUGCUGCUGCCGGUUCCUCCGCCACUGCCCCUUCUGCGGUCGCAGCAGCCCCAACAGCAGUCGCAGCAGCAGCAGCAGCAGCAGCGGCGGCGGGCGCAAGUGGCGCAGGCGUGAGGCGCACUGCGCAGGGGUCUUGGGGGGGAAGUGCAAGAGCGGGACCGGGGGAAAAGGAGGGCGGUAGCGAUGCGCUGGCAGGAGUGGGGGGCAGGGGGGGCGCAGGGAAGGGCGGAGGGGCAGCAGGGGGAGGGGGAGGAGGAGGAGGAGGAGGAGGAGGAGGAGGAGGAGGAGGAGGAGGAGGAGGAGGAGGAGGAGGAGGAAUAGGAGGUGGUGGUGGAAUAUGCAAGUCAGCUCACUGUGGGGGUCACCACCACCACCACCACCACCAUCAUCACCACCAUCACCAGCAGCAGCAACAGCAGCAGCAGCACAACCACGCACCAGCUGGUGCCAGGGAGACGUCAGGCAGUAGCAGCAGGGGAGAGAGUGACAGGCGGAGCGACGUGGGCAGCGGAGCGGGCGGGGAGGAGGAGCGGGUGGCGGCGCGAGUGGAAGAGGUGGAGGAGGUAUCAGAGGAAGAGGCGAACAGGGUGCUGAGCGAGGCGGUGAAGGUGGGGCAGUACGGCGUGCUCUUUGCUGCGCUGCGGCGCUGUGGCGGCAGUGCCAGCAGUGCUGUGCUGGACAGGGCGUGUGCGUGGCUCAUGGGGAAGAAGAGGGCGCUCAAGGCAAUUACCACCUCAGAAGCCUCGGCUAUUUUCCAUGUGGUGGCGGCGCGCACAUCGCCUAUAAUGGAGGAUUUCAAGGACUGGCUGGCGUUCAAGGCAGAGCCAGCAGCGGUGGAGAAGCUCAUGCACUCAAGGGCGUCACAGAGCACCGCACCAGGGGGGGCAGGAGGAGGAGGAGGUGGAGGAGGAACCUCCAAUCCCUUAGGUUCUCCUUCCCACCUCUGCCCCUCUCCCGCCACUACCACUUGCACCACCACCGCCACCGCCACCACCACUGCCACAACCACCACCACCAGCAGCAGCGGUACCAAAGCCAGCACUGUCAGCGACGCACCAGCGUCCCUGCUCUCCCUAUCAACGCCGUCCCCGCCGCGCAAGGACCCCGUAUCAGAAGCCAAGGCGACAGCAACAGCAGCUCUGCAGGCAGCAUUGGAAUCACGAGACAUAGCCCGCAUGGUGGAGGCUCUCAGAUGCCACCGCAGCAAGGCCACUCCCAAGGCCGUGAGGGUGGUUCAGCAGGAGGUGAACCGGCUGCUGUUUGGGGAUGGGGGGGCGAGUGGGGGCGGGAGCAGAGCGAGUGGUGCGGCCGGGGGAGGGGAUGGGGGAGCGCGUGGGGGGGGAGCUGGUGCUGCUGGUGCUGCUGGGACAGCAGGUUCAGGCGCUGCUGGUGCUGCUGGUGCUGCUGGUGGUAAUGCUGCUGGUGGUAAUGCUGCUGGUGCUGCCGGUGGGUUGUCAGGAGGUGCAGCCUCGAGUGUGGCAGCAAGUGCACAUGCACAGGCAGUGUCGGGCGGCCAUGCGUGCUGCAACAACCCCGCAUGCGUGCACCGCUCCUUCCCCGCCCCUGCUAGCCCCUACCCUAAUCUCGCUCAUGCCGCUGCUGCCACAGCAACUGCAGCCAACGCCGCGUCCCUGCAGCAAAGCGGUGCUGGGGGAGGCGCAGGGGGAGGGGGAGGGGGAGGCGCAGGGGGAGGGGGAGGGGGAGGGGCAGGGGGACACGGAGUGUUGCAAAAGGGGCGCCCCCGCACCUCCAAGCUGCUGCGCCGAAAGGUCAAGACCAGCAGCAGCAGCAGUAUCAGCAGCAGCAGCACCAGCGCGAGCAACAGCAGCAGCAGUGCUAUUACGGGUGGCACCAGCACGAGCAACAACAGCGGCAGUUACAGUGGUGACGGUGCGACCUUUGGCAGCAGCAGUGGUGGUAUUGGUGGUGUAGCAGCGGGUUCUUAUGGUGCAUACCCUGCCACUGUGGCUUUAAGUGCACUGGGAGGAGAAGCAGCCACGGUCUGGGGUGGAGCAAGCGGAACUGGCACCGUCACUGGGGCUCCUCCUCCUUCUCCUUCUGGGAUUGCAUCGGGGCUGGUGUCUGGCACUGCAACGGGAAUUGCUGCUGCUGCUGCGGCUGCUGCUGCUGCUGCUGCCGCUGGUGCUACUGCUGCUGGUGGUGGUGUUGGUGGUGGUGGUGGAAUGAGGGGUGCAGGAGGAGGUGUGGGUGGGGGUGGAGAGGUAGGUCAAGGAGCGCCUGCCGUCGUGUCGGGAGGCUGGCAGGACUCGGUGGUUAGUGGAAACGCCACUGCCGCUGCUCAGCAGCAGCAGCAGACCCAUCGAUUUGAGCAGCAAUCGCAGCUGUUGAAGCCUGGGGAUGGGCAGUGGAUGCAGCAGCAGCAGCAGCAGCAGCAGCAGCAGCAGCAGCAGCAGCAGCAGCAGCAGCAGCAGCAGCAGCAGCAGCAGCAGCAGCAGCAGCAGCAGCAGCAGCAGCAGCAGCAGCAGCAGCAGCAGCAGCAGCAGCAGCAGCAGCAGCAGCAGCAGCAGCAGCAGCAGCAGCAGCAGCAGCAGCAGCAGCAGCAGCAGCAGCAGCAGCAGCAGCAGCAGCAGCAGCAGCAGCAGCAGCAGCAGCAGCAGCAGCAGCAGCAGCAGCAGCAGCAGCAGCAGCAGCAGCAGCAGCAGCAGCAGCAGCAGCAGCAGCAGCAGCAGCAGCAGCAGCAGCAGCAGCAGCAGCAGCAGCAGCAGCAGCAGCAGCAGCAGCAGCAGCAGCAGCAGCAGCAGCAGCAGCAGCAGCAGCAGCAGCAGCAGCAGCAGCAGCAGCAGCAGCAGCAGCAGCAGCAGCAGCAGCAGCAGCAGCAGCAGCAGCAGCAGCAGCAGCAGCAGCAGCAGCAGCAGCAGCAGCAGCAGCAGCAGCAGCAGCAAGCAGCAGCAGCAGCAGCAGCAGCAGCAGCAGCAGCAGCAGCAGCAGCAGCAGCAGCAGCAGCUAGCAGCAGCAGCAGCAGCAGCAGGCAGCAGCAGCAGCAGCAGCAGCAGCAGCAGCAGCAGCUAGCAGCAGCAGCAGCAGCAGCAGCAGCAGCAGCAGCAGCAGCAGCAGCAGCAGCAGCAGCAGCAGCAGCAGCAGCAGCUAGCAGGCAGCAGCAGCAGCAGCAGCAGCAGCAGCAGCAGCAGCAGCAGCAGCAGCAGCAGCAGCAGCAGCAGCAGCAGCAGCAGCAGCAGCAGCAGCAGCAGCAGCAGCAGCAGCAGCAGCAGCAGCAAGCAGCAGCAGCAGCAGCAGCAGCAGCAGCAGGCAGCAGCAGCAGCAGCAGCAGCAGCAGCAGCAGCAGCAGCAGCAGCAGCAGCAGCAGCAGCAGCAGCAGCGCAGCAGCAGCAGCAGCAGCAGCAGCAGCAGCAGCACAGCCAGCAGCAGCAGCAGCAGCAGCAGCAGCAGCAGCAGCAGCAGCAGCAGCAGCAGCAGCAGCAGCAGCAGCAGCAGCAGCAGCAGCAGCAGCAGCAGCAGCAGCAGCAGCAGCAGCAGCAGCAGCAGCAGCAGCAGCAGCAGCAGCAAAGCAGCAGCAGCAGCAGCAGCAGCAGCAGCAGCAGCAGCAGCAGCAGCAGCAGCAGCAGCAGCAGCAGCAGCAGCAGCAGCAGCAGCAGCAGCAGCAGCAGCAGCAGCAGCAGCAGCGCAGCAGCAGCAGCAGCGCAGCAGCAGCAGCAGCAGCAGCAGCAGCAGCAGCAGCAGCAGCAGCAGCAGCAGCAGCAGCAGCAGCAGCAGCAGCAGCAGCAGCAGCAGCAGCAGCAGCAGCAGCAAGCAGCAGCAGCAGCAGCAGCAGCAGCAGCAGCAGCAGGCAGCAGCAGCAGCAGCAGCAGCAGCAGCAGCAGCAGCAGCAGCAGCAGCAGCAGCAGCAGCAGCAGCAGCAGCAGCAGCAGCAGCAGCAGCAGCAGCAGGCAGCAGCAGCAGCAGCAGCAGCAGCAGCAGCAGCAGCAGCAGCAGCAGCAGCAGCAGCAGCAGCAGCAGCAGCAGCAGCAGCAGCAGCAGCAGCAGCAGCAGCAGCAGCAGCAGCAGCAGCAGCAGCAGCAGCAGCAGCAGCAGCAGCAGCAGCAGCAGCAGCAGCAGCAGCAGCAGCAGCAGCAGCAGCAGCAGCAGCAGCAGCAGCAGCAGCAGCAGCAGCAGCAGCAGCAGCAGCAGCAGCAGCAGCAGCAGCAGCAGCAGCAGCAGCAGCAGCAGCAGCAGCAGCAGCAGCAGCAGCAGCAGCAGCAGCAGCAGCAGCAGCAGCAGCAGCAGCAGCAGCAGCAGCAGCAGCAGCAGCAGCAGCAGCAGCAGCAGCAGCAGCAGCAGCAGCAGCAGCAGCAGCAGCAGCAGCAGCAGCAGCAGCAGCAGCAGCAGCAGCAGCAGCAGCAGCAGCAGCAGCAGCAGCAGCAGCAGCAGCAGCAGCAGCAGCAGCAGCAGCAGCAGCAGCAGCAGCAGCAGCAGCAGCAGCAGCAGCAGCAGCAGCAGCAGCAGCAGCAGCAGCAGCAGCAGCAGCAGCAGCAGCAGCAGCAGCAGCAGCAGCAGCAGCAGCAGCAGCAGCAGCAGCAGCAGCAGCAGCAGCAGCAGCAGCAGCAGCAGCAGCAGCAGCAGCAGCAGCAGCAGCAGCAGCAGCAGCAGCAGCAGCAGCAGCAGCCUCCGCAGCAGCAACAGCAGCAGGAGCAGCAGCAGCAGCAGCGGCGUCGACGGCGGUGCUGUGA